AUGGGCUCCCCAUCUCGCUUCCGCGCCUUCCUCCAGAGGCAUGCCCUCAAGGCCGACGACACGCGACGCACCAAGGCCGCCGAGCUCACGCUGCGCGAAUCCAUCUUUCCCAUCACCCUCGUCACCAUCCUCUUCUUCCUCUGGGGCUUCAGCUACGGCCUCCUCGAUACCCUCAACAAGCACUUCCAGACGGCCCUCAACGUCGACCGCGCCCGCUCCUCCGGCUUGCAGGCGGCCUAUUUUGCCGCCUACCCCCUAGCAGCCAUCGGCCAUGCCGCUUGGAUCCUCCGCCACUACGGCUACCGCGCCGUCUUCAUCUGGGGCCUCUGUCUCUACGCCCUCGGCGCUCUGCUCGCCAUUGCCGCCCUCAAGGCCAAGAGCUUCGGCGGCUUCUGCGCCUGCAUCUUCAUCAUCGGCAACGGCCUCGGUUCGCUCGAGACGGCCGCGAACCCCUUCAUAACCGGUACGCACCCGAGCACGCGCCGCCCCCGUACUCGUCCCCUCUGCCCUUUGCUGAUCGGCGCCCCUGUUCCGCCAGUCUGCGGUCCGCCGAGGUACUCGGAGAUCCGCAUCAACAUCUCGCAGGCCUUCAACGGCGUCGGCACCGUCGUCGCCCCGGUCCUCGGAUCCUACGUCUUCUUCACCUUCAGCGACGAGCGCGCCCUCGCCAACGUCCAAUGGGUCUACCUCUCCAUCGCCGUCUUCGUCCUGCUCCUCGCCGCCGUCUUCUUCUUCGCCGACAUCCCCGAGAUCACGGACGCUGAUAUGGAGUUCCAAGCGGAUGAGACGCAUUCCGACGCCGACAAGAAGCCCUUCCGAAAACAGUACAAGCUCUUCCACGCCACCUUUGCUCAGUUUUGCUACACCGGCGCCCAGGUCGCCAUCGCCAGCUUCUUCAUCAACUACGCCAGUAGCACGCGACCCAACACCGACGCCGCCACGGCCGCCAAGUUCUUUGCCGGAGCCCAGGCCGCCUUUGCCAUCGGCCGUUUCGCCGGCGUCGGCAUCAUGAAGUUCGUCAAGCCGCGCUGGGUCUUUCUCGCAUUCAUCACCUGCUGCAUCAUCUUCAUCGGCCCUUCCAUCACCCAAGGAGGCAACAUGGGCAUAUCCAUGCUCUACAUCGUCUCCUUUUUCGAGUCCAUAUGCUUCCCCACCAUCCUCGCCCUCGGCAUGCGAGGCCUCGGCCGCCAUACCAAGCGCGGCAGCGGAUACCUCGUCGCCGGCAUCGUCGGCGGCGCCUGCGUGCCACCCUUGACGGGCGUCGCCGGCGACGCCAGCGGCGAUGGCAUCGCCAUGGUGGUGCCAAUGAUGUUCUUUGUCGCCGCCUGGAGCUAUGCCCUCUGCGUCAACUUUGUCCCGUCGUACGUCAAGGUCCUCGACUCCUUUGGCCAGGCCAAGAUUGGUCUGGAGAUGCGCGAGGGCUUCGACGGCAUCGAGAGAUCUAGCACGAGGUCGCUAGGAGACGACUUCAGGGACAGGCACGUCACAAGCGACCAUGUGCAUGGCAAGUCCAUUGAGCAAUCUUCGGCAAAGGCCGCGACUGUCGUAUGA